AGUUUUAUAUAGUGGUAUUGCAUCGAACGCUACGGUCAAUUCGUUAUAUAAAAUUUCAUUGCAAUACAUACUUCGGGCGUGGCUGGCCCGUUAAUUUAGGAAUUUAUAUUAGUAAUAGUGAAAAAAUGGGUUUAAGCGGAUUGUUUUUAUGUUUGUUAGUGAUUGCCGCGGCCAACGCGCAAACCUAUAGAGUGUGUGUGCCGGCUACGGACUCGGUGGAAUGUCAGAGACUCGAAAUUGGUGGAAGCGAAGUGUCCUGUGUGCCGGUUGAGACCAGAUUGGACUGCGCCCUUAAAUUAUCUCGUAAUGAAGCCGAUUUUGGAUCCUUCUCGGAGGAGGAGACGCUGCUCAUAUCCCAGAUGCAGCCUUCAGAGCAGCAAGUAAUUGCAACCGUCCGGAGUACAGACAAAAUUGGCGUGCCCUAUGCAUUCGAGUCGGUGGCGAUAGUGCCGAUAAACCACACUGGUGGAGUCGAAGGCCUGCGGAACGGGAAGUACUGCCAUCCAGGACUGGACUCCGAUGAAGUCCGCUGGUCGCCGCGUGUGCUCAAGGCAUUGGAGGUUUCGGCCGCUCUCACAGACCGUUGCCCAGGUUCAGGCACAGAACGCAAGACAGCUGAAGAAUUGGAGGUGGAAACGCUUAGCGGCUUCUUCAGCGAGGCCUGCCGCCCGGGACCGUGGAGUUACAACACCACAGUCGACGCCGAUUUGAAGCGUCGCUUCCCGAACCUGUGUGCAUUGUGUGACAACGCAAAUUGCAGUAGUGGCUACAGUGUUGGAAACUCUAUCAACGUAGCCGGCGUUUCGAACAAUAAUCGUCAUAUACAGGCUCUGGACUGUCUGCUGAAUCGCGGCAGCGUUGCUUACGUCGCGUGGCAACAUGUACAGGAGUUUUUCAUUCUCCGCAACCCACAAAACGUGAACCAGUUCUCUGCUUUAUGCCCUAACGGAACCCUGGUCCCGCUAACAGAUGAGCUGGUGGCGCUCAGCACCUCGCCCUGCGCCGUCGUCAGACAACCGUGGAAGACUAUCGUCGCCGCACCAUCUGUUGCAACUGCAAUCCAAAAUCGGAUUUCAAGUUGGUGGCUUAAUGGCGCCGACUCCGGCGCCGGUUGGACCUCCACGCUGUACCAAGUUUUGGUCGGCGGCGCCAGCUUCCGAGUCGUGCAAGAAUCGAUCACUUCUACUUCUAAUUAUACCAAUUCCAUUCGACCAAUCGACAGAGUGGAUACAUCAACUAAUUGCUUGCCAGCUGUCCGCUGGUGCACUGUGUCCUCAGCGGAAUUGAGGAAAUGCUCGUGGCUCGCGUCUGCAGCCCACAUUCUGGGCAUCCAGCCCACCAUCUCCUGUGAACAGCGGGCGGGCAAUUUCUUAUGUAUCUCUGAGAUCACAACGAGUAGAUCUGACGUGUUUUCUGUCGACUCCCACUAUGGUUAUAUUGCAAGGAAAAACUACCGUCUCUCCGCAGUGAAGUUAGUUCAGAACGCGCGAGCGACCGCCUCUCGUGUCGCCGCUUUCGUCAAGGAGACCACAGCUCAGAGCAACGUCACGCGCUUCGAGAAUUUGAGAGAUAAAGUCGCUUGUUUCCCGGAAUAUGGUGGUAUUGCGUUUGUGGCGUUCGUGCGCGCGGCCCACGAGCGACAGGUCAUCAGCGCGUCGGAGUGCGACUACGCGCGCGGCGCCGGCGAGUUGUUCCGCGGCGCGUGCGCGCCCGGCGCCACCAGCGAUACGCAUUCGCUCUCCGACUCCGAUUUCAAUUCGACUGUACUGUGCAGUGCUUGCAGGCCGACAGUGUCGCUUGGCGGAAAUAAUUUUACAUGCUCCUGGGAUUACACGAAUUACUAUUACGGUAACAACGGUUCAAUCGCCUGUCUCGCCGACCCCGCCACCGACGUCGCUUUCCUGGAAACACAGAACUUACCAGCGCAAAUGGCGGCUUUGAACCUAAACCCAUCGAACUACCGUGCGCUGUGCCGCAACAACACACUCGCCAACAGCACCGGCGUGGUCGUCGACGACGGCUGUCUGCUGGCGCACGUGGUCGAUGCCGAGGUCCUCGCCAGAAGAGACGACCCGGCCAACAAUGCCAUAAACACUCUAUUCGAUUCCCUUGAUCACUUCUUCGGCUACAACGUGGGUGCCGCGCAGCAGCUGAUCAACUUGCAUCUCUACUCGCCCUUCGACGGCACAAGUGACUUACUCUUCAAGGACACUACUAUAGGUCUAACUGAAUACAGUUCAGAAGCCUCAAACGAACAAGCGAGAAACUACGUGGAGUUGUUCAAACACUUGGAGGCCUGCACGGGCUCCGCCAGCCCCGGCCCCUUACCCGACUACGCCACAAAAACGGUGUUCUCUAUCGCUACAUUGGUCAUCACCACAUUGAUCCCUCGACUAUUUUAGUUCGAGAGUUUUAACUGUUAAUCUUAUUCAUAAAAAAGUUAAAGUAUUAGACUAGAAGCUCGCUUAUCCUUAUGGAAAGGCAAAGGGAUCUAAGCCCAUACAGCCAUAUGACAAAAGAUAAUUUAGCUUGAAGGAUGCCUUAACUUUUUUAUGACUAAGAUAGUUUGUGUUUAAGUAUAUUAUAUUUUUUAUUGUCUUUUAUGAGUGUUAAUAAGUUGGAAGUUUUGCUUUUUCUUGCCGUGUAAGACGUCAUUUAUAUUAUCUAUUUAGGGUUAUUUCUUUUAGGCUAUCAGAAUUUUGUUAGUCCUACGCAUGGAAUUAGUAAGUACUCCGACGAAGUACGUACUAAAUCCAUGGUCCUACGUUGCUAAUUAACAAAUAGUAUUUUUUUAACGAACUACUUUUUUUGCCAUUGCAAUACCAAAUAGAAUGGUCAAGAUUCACUGAUCUAAAUAUUGACAUCAUACUCUACAGAAUAUGAGCGGGAACCGUAGGUACAUGCUAAAAUUUGUUUCAUUGAUUCUCACGUGACUCACUCCACGAUCUUCGCCAAAUUGGCGAAAAUCAAAAUAGAUGAUUUUGGUGUUGCCAUAUUAAAGUCCAGCGUAGGUAUAAUGUUUAGGUCAGUGAUAACCUGGUUGAUCAAACCUAGUGUAGCAGCCAAUAGAAGACGGCGCCAUCAUUUAUUCCCUUCACUUUUUGACAGACUGUAACCCUGUAGAUACCAUGGAAUUAGUAGGUACUCCGAAAUCAAUGGUAGGUACAUAACACAUCACAUAAUUUAUUAAUAUUUUUAGUUUAUUAUUCAUGACAAUAAGUUAACUUUCCAAAGUUAUGUAGUAUCUUGUCUCAGUAUAUAUUAUAAAUAAUUACCUAUACUCGGUAUUUGACACAGAUUGUUUAUUUAGGGCUAGUAAAUCACGAGCAAUACAUUUAAAAAACCAACAGCUAAAAGUGGUGGAUGACAGCGUUUGUUUUAAAGAAAAGAAACAUCGCGCAUGCGCGUAGACAGCUACAUUAAUGAAAAACUAUAGUAUUGUUACUGCCGUGACAUCUUGUAUAUUAGGUACCUAGGUACUUCGCGCAUAAUAGAUUUAAUGUAGCAUGUCUCAAGAAAUGCGCGCGAAUUUUAAUGUCAGAUAUAAUAGACGGAAAAUUUAGCUGAUAGGAUUUUUAUUUUUUUUAUAUGUUCUUUUUUAUAACCUUAUUAUUUUGUUCAAUAACUAACUACCUAUAAUUUCUGUAACCUAAGUAACUGCAUUUUGCCAAAAUUUUAAUAUCAAAUAAAAGCAUAAUAUUUUAUUUUAGUUUAAUUAGCACAUAGAAUUAGAAUUCCAUUAGAAUUAGCAAUAUAAAAUAUAUUUUGUCUGUUGCAAAGACACGAUUUUUCUUCUUUUAUUAAUAUAUAUAUAAAUGUAACCUCAAAAAACGAAGAUUUGUAAGUAUAGUUAUUAAAUCUUCUUUGCUUCGUAUUUUCAAAACCGAGCCGAUUGAUUUAACACUCUUUUAAAUUGUUUUAAAAAUGAAACCAGGGGUUUCGGCGGGAAAGAUUUUAUAUAACACAUUUAGUAAUUGUAUGGAAUUAUUUGUUUGGUCAUGUUUCACCUAUUCUACUAAAUGUAAUUAAAAUUGGCCAAUAUACCAAUAUAAAAAUACACAAAAUAUUCGUGUUCUGUUUAUACUUUUUAUUUUUUAAUAAUAAAUCACGAUUCUUGUAUCACG